UGUAGAGCAUGAAUUCCUAUUUAUUUAUUACCACUUGUGAGUGUUCUAGCGCAUGUAGUUUUGAACCAUUUUCGAAGCCUUUUCCUAUUUAUGGUACCUGAGAAAGGUGAUUCUUUCUACUGACCCAUUUGCUCUGGUACUAACUAGUCAUGGGAUUCUCCCUUCAGCCACAAGAUAUCACAGUUUUUGGGCUUCUUCUUACUACAAUCUGUUUGUUGUUGGCAACGGUAUUUAAUGCCAAAGGGAACAAGAAGAAAGGCAAAAGGCCACAGGAGCCGUCCGGGCGAUGGCCUAUUAUUGGUCACCUUCAUCUUCUAGGAGCAGACAAGCUGCUACAUCGGACACUUGGAGACAUGGCUGAUAAGUAUGGACCAAUCUUUUGCAUUCAUCUUGGCCUUCGUAAAGCUCUGGUGGUUAGUAGCUGGGAAGUAGCAAAGGAAUGCUACACUACCAAUGACAAGGUAUUCGCCACUCGACCAAGAUCCUUAGCAGUAAAGCUCAUGGGCUAUGGUCAUGCCAUGUUAGGAUUUGCUCCCUAUGGACCAUACUGGCGUGAUGUGCGGAAGCUAGCCAUGGUUGAGCUCCUCUCAAACCGCCAGCUUGAGAUGCUCAAACAUGUCCAGGACUCAGAAGUUGAGUUCUUAAUAAAAGAGCUCUAUGGGCAAUGGGCACGAAACAAGGACAGCCCCGCUUUGGUGGAGAUGAAGGAAAGAUUUGGGAACUUGGUAAUGAAUGUAAUAGUGAGAGCAAUUGCAGGGAAACGGUAUUUUGGGACCCAUGCCUGUGGUGAUGAGCCAAAACGGGGCAAAAAGGCCUUGGACGAUUUUAUGCUUCUAGUGGGGCUGUUCAUGGUCUCGGAUGCCAUCCCUUUUCUCGGCUGGUUGGACACGGUGAAAGGGUAUACCACUGAUAUGAAGAAAAUAGCUAAGGAGCUGGAUUAUGUGCUUGGAAGGUGGGUGGAGGAGCAUCGCCAGAAUAGGCUUUCUGCGAACGACAAUGGGGCUGAGCAAGACUUCAUCCAUGCCAUGCUUUCUGUCAUACAUGAUGGCCAAUUCUCUGGUCGUGAUCCUGAUACCGUCAUUAAGGCCACUUGUUUGAACCUCAUAUUAGCUGGCUAUGACACAACAUCUAUCACUCUUACAUGGGCCCUCUCUCUUCUACUGAACAACCGCCAUGCGCUAAAAAAAGCACAAGCAGAGCUGGAAAUCCAUGUGGGUAAGCAUCGCCAAGUGGAUGGAUCAGAUAUAAAGAACCUAGUCUACCUGCAAGCCAUCGUCAAGGAAACAUUACGAUUGUACCCUCCUGGGCCACUUUCCGUGCCGCAUGAGGCCAUGGAAGAUUGCACUGUGGCAGGCUUUCACAUCCAAGCUGGGACGCGCCUUUUGGUUAAUCUCUGGAAGUUGCAUCGUGACCCCAGAGUCUGGUUGGACCCUUUGGAGUUCCAACCAGAGAGGUUCCUGACAAAGCAUGCAGGUUUGGAUGUUAGGGGUAAAAAUUAUGAACUUCUACCCUUUGGUUCAGGUAGAAGGGUAUGCCCAGGAAUCUCAUUUGCACUGGAGAUGACGCAUCUGACACUAGCCAGACUGCUUCAUGGUUUUGAAUUGGGAGUAGUUGCAGAUUCACCGGUGGAUAUGACUGAAGGUCCUGGGUUGAGUGCCCCCAAAGCAACCCCGCUGGAGGUCACCAUUGUUCCAAGGCUACCUUUCGAGCUCUAUAGUUAUGAAGCAGCAUAGAAAGUAAAUAAUACUCUGUGAGCCAGAGAGUCCCCUAAUUAGCCCAAUGCUUUAGGGUAUAUUUAUGUUGUGUAACUCACUUUGAAUGGCCUGUGUAGUGGGUGUUCUCCUUUCUUGUCUUCUCGUCUCAAAUUUCAUCCACUUGGAUAGUAAUAAAUUUCCAUCUAUGAGUAAUUCUUUGUGUUACUUAAAA